AAAGAUUUUCUGUAAUGGAUUGGCUGGUAAGGAAACGGAAGAACUUUUUCAUAAUCGAUCGAAUCAGCUCUGCAAAUAACGCGGCUCGGGGAACCGAAGGCUCACACCAUUCAAAUAAUUCUUCCAAGGAAGACUGUUCCGACCUUAAUAUUAAAAGGGCAAAAAGAAAAGAAAAAAAAAAAAAAAAACAGUACACACACAUUCAUCUUCUUCCUUUAAUCUUCAAUGUCACUCCUCAAUCAACUCUUUAACAGAGGUGUCUUUGCCGGAAAAUGCAAAACUUGCUUGAGCUUAGCAAUCUCGCGGAUCAAGUUGCUGCAGAAUAAGAGGGAUCUGCAACUGAAGCUUAUGCGAAAGGAGAUUGCACAAUUCUUGCAGACAGGGCAGGAACAAAUAGCUCGAAUUCGGGUGGAGCAUGUAAUACGGGAACAAAACAUAUGGGAUGCAUAUGAAAUUUUAGAGCUGUUUUGUGAGUUUGUUCUUGCACGUGUCCCAAUCAUCGAAAGCCAGAGAGAAUGUCCCGUUGAACUGCGAGAGGCUAUUGCAAGCAUAAUAUUUGCUGCUCCUAGAUGUUCCGACCUUCCAGAUUUGCUUCAGCUGAAGAAUUUGUUUGCAGUGAAAUAUGGGAAAGAAUUUGUCUCUGCUAUUUCAGAGCUUCGUCCUGAUUCUGGAGUUAAUCGAUCAAUUAUUGAAAAGCUUUCAGUCAGUGCUCCUCCUGGGGAACUAAAGCUCAAGGUCAUGAAGGAGAUUGCUAAACAACACGGACUCAACUGGGAUUCUUCGAGCACAGUAUCUGAAUUUAGUAAAACCCACGAAGAUCUGCUGGGCGGACCCAAGGGAGUACAAGGAGCAGCAGUCUCUCAAACUCCUCAACACAGCUUCUUGAAUCCUUCCAUUUCUUAUGGGUCGGCACUUCUUGCUGCAUCUCCCAUGGGAAAGAAAGAACCCGAACACCACCAUGCAGUCGGCCCAAUUAACUAUAAUACGAAUGAAAUCAAACCAGAACCUAAAAGUUUUGAUGUCAAACCAGAAGUUGCUGCUAAAUUAGAUACAAGACCACCACCAUCUGACGUAUUAGAGAAAGCCAAAGCUGCCAUUGCUUCAGCUGAGCGUGCCACUGCAGCAGCCCGAGUAGCUGCAGAGCUAGCAAAUGUCAACCUUGGAACAAUGAAGUUCGAAGGAGGACAAACUUCGGAGUGCUGAAGACAAAAAGAAAUGUAAUUUAUACCUUUGUUUGAUACCGGACUCGUGCAUAAAGUCUGUUUGAUGUUAGUUGAGUCUUAAAAUCUUGAAGAGUGAUGAGUCAGUCAACCAGUGGAUCCAAAUCUAUGUAAUUAAUACAGUUUCAAGUAAACUUUAUUUUCAAGUAUUUGUUGUAAAAUACUCAAGUUCUUAUUUCACAAAGUCUCACCUUUGGUGAUGUUGGUCUAGUUCUAAUGGUUCAGCAGUUUGAUAUGAAUGUCACAUUAGAUGAAAAGUAAGUUUGCUCUAAAAUAUGAGCAAUGUUCUUCCUUCA